CAACCUAGCGUCGUCUGCGAGCUGGGUACAUGUCAUAACAGAUCGUAGCCCACCAUCAUGUCCAACACAUCCAACCUGACCCUACCGGCGCUGUACGCCCGAGCGCUCCGCUCGCUCCUCCCCAUUUUCAACGACGACGUUUCGACCUCGCUACCCUCUACCCAACAGACACUGCAAGAUGCUCUUACCGACCUCGACCUGGUCAUCAGGAUGUCUAGCACAUUGGGAGUUUUCAGUGAUAACGAAUCCAUGGAUGAUGUGGGUGACGCAGAGCUCUCGUUGAUGGCCGUCGAGUGGAUCAAGGGGGAGGUGUUGGGCAGAGUGAACGGGGAUGGCCUCAAGGAGCGGUUGAAGAUGCUCAAAUCGAGUCAGAACUCGUACGAAUCCUUUCUCUUCCUACUCGAAUCAUAUUCAUUUCCGACACCGCCUGGCUUCACCUACCCCUCCGACCCAUCUUCCUCUUCGUCCUCGUCAAGGUAUAGCCCUUCCGAUCCUGCCGCUCGGAGAGACGCCAAGAUCAAGCAAUACCGUCUAGAGAAAGAAUGGAAGGAGAAAGUCUCGGCUGGUCUUCCUGGCGUAGAUGUCAGCUCAUCCCCCUUGGCAGGUAUUCUAGCGUUAAUGGAGGAAACGCAGGAAGAAAGUGGUGGUGACUCUUCUACCGGGGCAGAUGGGAUCGAGAAGGCGACGUCGAGGUUGAACAUUUCGAACAAUGCCAGCAGUAGCACCAGCGUCAACCCAGACUCGAACGCCCACAUCCGCCAAGCGUCCCUCUCCCUCCUCACGCUACUCCUCAUUCAGACUUCUUCACAACUAUCGUCCAUCUCCCAAGAAACAUCCCUCUUGGAAUCCGCAAGCAUGUCGGCGCAGAUCAUCGAAGAGGACCAACAGCGGGAACGUGACGAGCGGGAGCGGGCUAGGCGGAAACAAGAGGGAGAGAGGGUCGGGUUGAGGGAAGAGGAGAGGUGGAGGUUAGAUAUGGAUCUCGUCAGACGGAAAGAGAGGGGGAGGGUGGCGACGCUCAUUGACGAUCGAGGCAAGCCCACUCAACCGUUCACGAUCCUCCCUUCGGCAGGCCUGCAGGACCUAUCCGAUCGAGCCAGAUUGGAGGCCGAGGUAUACAGGUCGCCCCAUCGACUACCGACGAUGACGAUCGACGAGUACUUGGAGGAAGAGAGGAGACGAGGGAACAUCUUGAGCGGUGGCGGGGCCGCCUCGGAGAACGCCCCGACAUCCACCGAAGUCUUGCAACUAGCUUCAGAACAGGAUGGGACAUAUGAUGGCGAAGAAAAGGAGGAACAAAAGCGGAAAAAGGAAGAAGAUUGGGCGGUCUACACCGAGAUCAACAAGAAGGGGGCCGGAAAUACCAUGAAUCGAGGUUGAUGUGUUGCGUAGAGUACAGAGUGAGGAGUGGGGGGAGGCGGAGAAGGCAGGCGGUUUAUAUACUAAUGGAGCGAGGCGCGACGCAGCCGUUUUACGGGACAAUUCUAAGCUCAUAAUGGGCAAUGCAUAUACCAUACAUACGACACACAAU